AUGCCAUACCAGCUGUACAGCGGCAGGUACCGGGUCCUGUCGAAGCUGGGCGCUGGAGCGUUCUCCACCGUGUGGCUGUGCGCCGACGAGAGGGACCAGAGGGAGGACGGGCCAGACCUCGUGGCGAUGAAGGUCUGCAAGUCCAAGAAGAGCGUCACCGAGCAGGCGGAGGACGAGGUGCUGCUUCUGGAGCGCCUCGAGUCCGGCGGCGCGUCGCCGUCGCACGUCACCCAGAUGCGCGGCCACUUUUGGCACAGCGGGCCCAACGGCCGGCUGGCGAGCCUUGCCCCCAGCUGGGGCGCCUUCGCGACCGCGGACAAGGCCAAGCACUUGGGCCUCCACGUCGGCCCAGAUCGCGCCGACGAGUCCUGGCGCGCAGCCGUCGUCAAGUGCCUCGAAACAGCGACCAUAUGGAGCCGGCUCGGGCUGGGGUGGCUGCCCUCCAUCGAGGAGCUCCGCGACCUGGCGUCUGCAGCCGUGGCCGCCAGGGCUCGCGUGGCGCUUCGCGAAGACGUGCAGGCUGGCGGGCUCCAGGUAGGUCCGCACUUCCCCGUCCGCCAGGCGCCCGACAUGGCAAGGCUCAGGCUCCGGGCGACGUCCGGCGGCGCGGGUGGUGAGGCCUGGCAGGCGAAGUGGUUCGCGCGAGCUGCGAUACGGCGUCAUCCCCAGGCCUACGUGGGCGCCCUGGUGCCCCUUUUGGCGGAGGGCGUGGCGCCUCGCUGGAGAAGAGAAGUGGAGUGCAGGGGUUAG